UAGUGUUUAACACUGACAGAAUUCCCUUUGUCCAACCCAAUGUUGAAAUUUAAACUGCCUCUCAAAUGGGUGACUGUUACUUGUGCAGUCAAAGAUAGUCGUGUAAUGAUCUCUUCUGACCUCUGAUCCCACCAUUACAAACAAACAUGUCUUAUCAUCUGAGCCCUUAUGUCCACACCUCUUUCAACACAAAGUGACGCCCAUGGGUGGAGCAACAGUGAAAGAGGAGAGCUGCAACGUCACAUUUCCUGAAUGAAGGUGAAAGUUUGUCUGAGUCUCUCUAAAGCAACAUUAAACUGAAUCCAGCAGCUUUUUCUCAACAACAGCUGAAUAUCUGCCAAACAUUGAGUGCCAAUAUGUCUGCUGCCAGCUGUCUGCUGACUGAAGAUCAGUUUCUGUGCUCCAUCUGUCUGGAUGUGUUCACCGAUCCAGUCAGCACACCAUGUGGACACAACUUCUGUAAAACCUGCAUCACUAAACACUGGGAUAUUAAUGUCCCCAAUCAAUGUCCCAACUGUAAUAAGCAUUUCCACACAAGACCUGAGCUACAGGUCAAUACUUUCAUCUCUGAGAUGGCUGCUCAGUUCAGACAGUCAGCUCAACAGAAAGCCAGCAGAAGCUCAGAGCAACAAGUGUCCAAACCAGGAAAAAUUCCCUGUGACGUCUGCACUGGAACCAAACUGGAAGCCCUGAAGUCCUGCCUGGUGUGUCUGGUCUCCUACUGUGAGACUCACCUGGAGCCUCAUCUGACAACAUCAGGCCUGAAAAGACAUCAGCUGAUCGACCCUGUGGAGAACCUGGAAGGCAGGAUGUGUAUGAAGCACGAUAAACCUCUGGAGCUGUUCUGUAAGACCGACCAGACAUGUAUCUGCAUGCUUUGCACUGUUUUAGACCACAAGACACACGAUGUUGUUCCUCUGAAAGAAAGCAUGAAAUAUGAAGGAAAGAAGGCCGAGCUGAGGAAGACAAAGGCUGAAAUUCAGCAGAUGAUCCAAAAGAGACGACUAAAGAUUCAGGAGAUCAAACACUCAUUGGAGCUCAGUGAGGAAGAUGCAGACAGAGAGACAGAAGAUGCUGUUCAGGUCUUCACCGCUGUGAAGGAGUCUGUUGAGAGAAGCCAGGCCGAGCUCAUUGAGACGAUCAAAGAGAAGAAGAGAAAGACAGAGAAACAGGCUGAAGGCUUCAUCACAGAGCUGGAACAGGAAAUCUCAGAGAUGAAGAAGAGAAGCACUGAGGUGGAGCAGCUCUCACAGUCUGAAGACCACCUCCACCUCCACCAGAGGUUCACGUCACCCACCAAGGACUGGAAAGAAGUCAGCGUCCGUCUACCUUCAUAUAAGGGGACUGUGAGGAGAGCUAUAGAUCAACUGAAGGAGACACUCAGUAAGCUGUUUUCUGAGGCCGAACUGAAGAGGGUCCAGCAGUCUGCAGUGGAUGUGACUCUUGAUCCUGAUACAGCACAGCCCAAACUCAUUCUGUCUGAUGAAGGAAAACAAGUUAAACAUGAUGAUGUGUGGAAGCAUCUCCCAGACAAUCCAGAGAGGUUUGACUGUUGUGUUAAUGUCUUAGCAAAGCACAGUUUCUCUACAGGAAGAUGUUACUACGAAGUUCAGGUUAAAGGGAAGACUAACUGGAGUUUAGGAGUGGCCAGAGAGUCGGUCAACAGGAAGGGAAAAUUCACACUGAGCCCUCAGAAACGUUACUGGACAAUAACUUUGAGGAAUCAAAAUGAGUACUACGCUCGUGCUGGUCCUGAUGUCCGUCUGUCUCUGAAGUCUCAGCCUCAGAAGGUGGGGGUGUUUGUGGAUUAUGAGGAGGGUCUGGUCUCUUUUUAUGAUGUUGAUGCUGCAGCUCUUAUCUACUCCUUUACUGGCUGCUCAUUUAUUGAGAAACUCUUCCCAUUCUUCAGUCCCUGCCUUAAUGAUGGUGGUAAAAACUCUGCCCCGUUGGUCAUCUCUCCUGUUCGUCACUGAGUAGAAAAAAAACAUUUGAUAUACUACAGAAAGAUUCACUUUCAUUCAACAUAACACAUUUAUAUUUACUCAUAAUGUGCAUACAUUGUUGUUUUAUCAGAUUCUGAUUGUUUUCCUGUAAAUGUUUUUAUUUCAGUUAGCCUAAUAGCUGGUUUGAUUUGCAUUGAGAGAUGAUCUUAUGGAAAGUACCCCAUGCCAAUCUCUAGGUAUGGUGAAGGGUAUGUGA